CCCAUCAAUUCUUAUCGGCUUGUUGUUGUUUUUGAGCAGACAUCGUAAACUGUUGAUUUCUAAGACACCUUGAGUGAGCUGGUCUGGAGUUAAAAAACGCAAAAUGCACCAGACAAAAUUCUGGUUAAAUUCAGACGUAUUAUCUUUUUUGUUUUGCUUGUGAAAUAAAGCAUAGCUUUACCUCUUGAGCCUAACUGCAUAUCAACAGAUGAAUCAGCAUUGCAAUGUCUGAACCCAGUGCUGAUCUUUCUCUGUUGUGAGAGUUCAAGGUAUGCUGCAGCAAAUACCCACCACACAGACAGAUUUCUGGCCUUAUCCUAAAUUUGCAGGUUGACUUGAAUUAAUUAAUCUAAUAAUUCUGAAUAUAUUCAUUUCUUUAAAUUAUUUUAAACUUCGUACCCAGAAGAGAGACUUUGAAAACUUGAGACUUUCUGUGUGUGUGUGUGUCUGUUUGUGGUUGACUAUGGUAAAGAAGUGGCAUGUGUUCACACACACCACCCACAAUGAAAGAGCAGACACACACACACAAAAAAAGAGCUGAAUAAGACGGAAACUGGAGAAGUGUUAUAAGGAAGAAGCUUUGAGCCUCACACUCAUAGCAGUAACUUGCCUAACGUGGUUCACUGUGGGGCUCCAGUAGCGUCUCUUGAAAAAGACAUAAGACUUACAAACAGAGCUCACAAUGAGGAAAAUGCUUCUUCUUGGCAUCUGGCUGUCCUCUGCAGUCAGAGGCCAGCAAUCAAAGAUUCAGCUAUCAGCCCAGGAGGGAGGCCUGGUUAAGAUCUCCUGCCGAUACGACUCUGGGUAUGAAACAUAUCCGAAAUACUUCUGUAAGGGUGAUUAUGGUAAAAGGCGGAAACUAGCGGAAACCCUUGGUACAAAGUUCAAAGAGAGCAAACAAAAAGGGAAAUAUUAUCUCUAUGAUGAUACCAAACAAAGAAUCCUGCAUGUGACCAUCCAUGACCUGAGCCUGAAUGAUGGUGGGACGUAUUGGUGUGAAAUAGAUGCAUACAUGUAUGAUCCCAUAACAGAAAUCAAGCUCAGAGUCUACAAAGCUCCUGCACCUCUCAAACCUCCACUGGUCACCUCAAAUCCUCUUACUUUCAACCACAGUUCAAGCCCACGCCAGGAAUCAGCAGGAACUACAGUGUCAGAGAGCGCCUGUCGCACAGCACUGUGUUUCGCUCCAUCUGAAGAUACGCUCACAGGAAAGGAGCAGUACUUGGCUGCUGCUGCUGCUGCUGCUGCUGCUGCUGCUGUCCUGCUGCUGAGUCUGGUUUUGUACUUUAGACUGAGGAAACACAGACAUGACACCACAAGAGCCACAUUGGAACACGAGGCAGACCCAAGGAUCAACACAUGCAGUACGCAGUUUAUAUGUGUUGAGAACCACAGCCGGGGUCAGCCAAGAGAGGUGGACCCAUCAGUCAACAUUAGUUCACCUGGCAACCUCUAUGCAGCAGUGACAGGUCGCAGAGGUCCAGGUCCCCACACAUCAGUUUGUCAUCCAGUAUCAGUCCGGACUUGGACGGCUAAUCCCAGCGCAAUGAGAUCCUGUCUGCAGGAUGAUGCCUCAGCACGGAAAAUCAUGCAGUGCGAGGCGAACUCCUGCAGCGCCAGCAGCCCCUCCACCGACGCUGGAGACCAACACAUCAGUGAGGACUGUGUGCUCUACUCCACAGUCUGCUUCUAAACAGAGACAGCCACCCAGCCCAGGGGCCAGAUCAAAUCAGCUGCUGGACCCCCUGAGGUGUAGGCACUACAACUAAAAUCCCAGAAACAUGGUCCCUGCUGGUGUUAUUGUUCUUUUAUAUACUCAUUUAUUUGUGUUUAAGAGUUUGUCAAUCAUUUGUCCAUGUGAUUUAAUGGUAGGUUAGAGAAAAAUGGUCACAGUCUGUUCUUUAAUCCAUUCACUGUAUUAUUUUUAUAUUUUAUAUUGUUUUUAUGUGUGGAAUUAAAGAGCAUUUUAUGUUAAAAUUCUUCCACUUUGUUACAUGUUGCUCUGCCAGUACACCGAAUAAGCUUUCUAAAUCUUUACACCCUGGUUAGAAAGUCUCCCAGCAGGUGUUAUUCAGCCUCCAACUUAAGCUUGUCUUGGCCCAUAAGGCCUGGGGUGUUGAUACAUGCCAAAAUUCUCAGGAGGCACC